GAAACAGCGAAAAACAGUUUUGAAGGGCGAGGGAACAUUGAAAUAGCGAAGAGAAGCUUCUCAUCACUUCCCAGCCACAGGGAUGCAAGAUCUGGCGCAGCGGCUCGGCAACCGCGGUGCGGCUUUCUUGGGUGAGAAGCUCGAUUUCGUCAAGAAGCAGAUAGCCAAGAUCCAGAAGCCCGGAGAGGGCGAACUGGGAGCAGACGGCUUCGAGGGCUCUUUUGGCUCGUCGGGCGGCGAGGACUCGCCCACCGCGCCCAUCAUGAUCACAUAUCUCCUGCAAAACGUUGAUGGCGAGGACGAGGAGAACGUCUUCUGUGUGCCGGACGCUUCGUCGGCCUCGCGAGUGACGCUCGACAAGAUCAGGCGGCGGUUCCCCGUGCCGGGCCACUUCUGGUUUCGAUUCAAGACGGCAUACGUGGCGGAUGGCGGUGGCGACGGCGACUAUCUGUGGCUGGAUCCUAUCUACCCAAGCGAGCCGGUGCCCACCUACAAGGGCCAGAUAGUCAUGAAGGUCCUCUCUGUCCCGGCAGACGUCCUCCCUCCCCCACCACCACCCGCACCCACACCCAUUUCAACCCACCCACACCAUCUGGCAUCAGCAGAAGGGUCACCACCAGCAGUGGUCAGACGCCGGGCGCACACACCCGGCCCAUCGCGGGACGGCGCUGCGACAUCUCCCCGGCGGACGCUGUCGAGCAACGAACAGGCGAGGGAGUCUGUGAGCGAGACGCCCGGCGUCAUCAUGGGAGGGGGCGGGGAGCGCAUGAGGCACCACGGUGUGCGUGGGGGCGGCAGCGAGAAUCUGUCGGCGGGAGGGGCCAAGUCGCACCCGGCGAGCCCAUUGCAGCCGUCAAUCAGCCCCUCGAUGGAGCACGACGACCUCCUUGACUUCGGCGCCGGUCAGUGAGCCGGGAUCUGCAUGGCUGCAUCGUUUAUCUGCACACACUGAUUGUGUGUGCAGGUGAGAGGGAUGACGAUAAUCUGCCUGCGAGUGCGGCUGGUGGUGUGCCAGUGCAGCAGCUCGACCGUGACGAGCUGGUUCGGAAGAGGCUCGAGGCCAAGCACCAGAGAGUCGCUGAGGUCUACACCGAACACAAUGGUGAGCGUGAGCGGGCUCAUCUGCUGUGUGUGUGUGUGUCGACACGUCCACUUGACAUGAGUGGUGUCAUUGAUGCUCAGAGCGUCGGCAAAAGGAGGCCACCAAGUUGCAGGAGAAGAUCGAAGCUGGAUGUGAGUGUACCAUGCACCGCACUCAACCACACUGACACACACACUGAUGUGCUGCGCAUGCGCGUGGCUGUGCGGCUGUCUGGGUGGCUGCCUGCGAUGCUUGUUUGUGAUGUGAAUGUGAGCAGCUGAGCUGUCGGGUCAGAUGGACAAGUGGGCCAAGACAUCCGACGGCUCUUACAAGGACAUACGCAGCCUCCUCAGCACACUCCAAGACGUAAGCAAUCACGCCAACAGACCAGACAGAGACAGCCGCACACACACACCUUGUGCCGUGCAGACAGACCUUCAUGUGUGCUGUGCGUUGGGUUCGAUGGAUGUGUGUGCAGGUGUUGUGGGAGGGCCACGACUGGAAGCCCAUCUCGCUGUCGACUCUCAUGAUGAGCUCAGCCGAAGUCAAAAAGGCCUACAGGUUAGUGACGAACCGCACACAGCACAGCACAGCACAGCACAGCACAGCGCAGCGCAGCGCAGCACAGCACAGCCCCGUGUGAAUGCGUAGCCUGUGUGUGUGUUGGGCCACAUCAGGCUGGCGUUGAUAUUGGCUCAUCCAGACAGACACCAGCACGCAUCGGCCGACCAGCAGGUGCUCACACUCGCCCACACCGGCAGUGACACACACACGCCCGGACACGCACUUGUUUGUGUUGGUGUGUUUGAUGGAUGGAUCAGUAUCGCGCUGAGAGGGUCUUCCAGGCCAUCAACGCGGCGUGGAAGAACAAACAAAACUGA